AUGGCCACGCUCUCCUCCUGCAGCCGCCUGAGCAGCGGCACCGGCGCCGCGGCUAUCCACCACCGGCAACCGGCCCGAGCAGGAGUCGUCGUCGUCGUCACCAGCCGGCGGAGCUCCUCCGCGAGCGUUCGCGCCGCCGCUGCUGCCACGGCGGCGCCGGCUGCCGUAGAGCAGCAGGACAAGGGGCUGUCGCUGCCGACGUGGGCGGAGUUCGAGCUCGGGCGGGCGCCGGUGUUCUGGAAGACCGCCAACGGCCUCCCGCCCUCGCCGGGCGAAGGGCUGACCCUGUUCUACAACCCGGCGGCGACGAAGAUGGCCCCGAACGACGUGUUCGGCGUGGCGUUCAGCGGCGGCUUCAACCAGCCCAUCAUGUGUGGCGGCGAGCCGAGGCAGAUGACGCUGCAGGUCCGGGGCAAAGCCGACCCGCCCAUCUACACCAUCAGGAUACGCGUGCCGCAGCACGCCAUAAGCUUGAUCUUCUCCUUCACCAACGGGGCCGAGUGGGACGGGCCGUACACGCUCAAGUUCAGGGUCCCCAAGCCAUGGCAGAACAAGCCGCUGAGCUUCUUCAACCAGGGCCUGGCGGACGAGCUCAACAUGGAGGGCGCCUGCGACCGGGCCAUCUACCCGGACGAGAACAUCGCCAUCACCAGCUGCGCCAUGGACGGCUACCUCGAGGAGGGGGGGGAUCGGUGCAAGCUGGACAUCGUGAGCGGAUGCAUGGACCCCGGCUCCGACAUGUUCGACCCGCUGGCCACCGUCGACGACGGCUCCUGCCCCCUUGAGUCUGAUUCCGAGGAAUGA